CAGACUGAAAGAUCUGUAGAUCCUCAAACUAACAUGUUUGUGUCCAUUUUCCAGCUGCUGACUGAUCCAUCACAGCCCGGAUUCUCCCUUCAAAGCUGCUGGUUCAACUCUGACUGAUGAAGAUGAGCUGUUCAGAGGAAGACAAGGACAAAGAAAAGUCUUCAGCACCCAGCUGUGUGUCUAUGAAGAGUGACAAACCCAAAGACAAACAUCUGGACUUCAGAACUGAACCUGGACCUUCAGACUCAAAAGGUCAGCAGUGCACUGAGAGAGCCCAGUCUUCAGCCUCCAGCUGUGUGUCUGAGAAGAGUGACCGGUCCAGAGAAUGGACUCCAAACUUCAGAACUGAACCUGGACCUUCAGCCUCAAAAUAUGAGCAGCGCACUGACAGAGUCCAGGCUUCAGCCUCCAGCUGUGUGUCUGAGAAGAGUGACAAAUCCAAAGACAAACAUCUGAACUUCAGAACUGAACCUGGACCUUCAGCCUCAAAAAAGACGAACAAGGCCAUCGUUUGUGAGGAAGCACAGCUGUCCUGCUGUUCUUUGUGUCAGGACGUCCUAAUGGAUCCAGUCUCUACAAGCUGUGGACACUGGUUCUGCAGGCAGUGCAUCACCUUGUACUGGGACCGGUCUGAUCCAUCAGGACUGUGCUCCUGCCCACAGUGUGCAGAAAUACCCAAAAGUAGAGCUGGACUGCAGACCAUCAGUCAGAACAGAUCCAUCCAAACAGAUUUUGGUCCGCAGAAACUUUUAAAUGAACAUCAGAUCAGUUUGAAGAGCAGAUGUGAACAUGUGACCGAAAGAAGUGAUAAAACACAGAGAGGACCUCCCCUCAAAAAGAUCUACACUGAGCUCUACAUCACAGAAGGACUGAGAGAAGAAGUUCAUACCCAACAUGAGGUCUGUCAGCUGGAGACAAUCUCUAGGAAAAACUCCCUCCACAAUGCUCCAAUUAGGGGCCAACUUAAAUUGCCAUUAAAUGACAUCUUUAAACCCUUACCUGACCAACAUGGAUCCAACAGAUUGGUUCUGACCAUUGGUGUAGCUGGAAUUGGAAAAACCUUCUCAGUGCAGAAGUUCACUCUGGACUGGGCCGAGGGCUUGGAGAACCAAGACAUCAGUGCAGUGGUUCCUCUGUCAUUCAGGGAGAUGAACUUGAUCAGAGAUGAGCAGCACAGUCUUCUCACUCUCAUCCAACGUUUCCAUCCAACCUUCCAGAAGAUCCCAGCAGAGCAGCUGUCUGUCUGUAAACUUCUCUUCAUCUUUGAUGGUCUGGAUGAAAGCAGACUUUCUCUGGACUUCAACAACAGUCAGAUGGUGUCUGAUGUCACUCAGAAGUCAUCAAUCAAUGUUCUUCUGACAAACCUCAUCCAGGGACGUCUGCUUCCCUCAGCUCUGGUCUGGAUCACUUCCAGACCUGCAGCAGCCAAUCAGAUCCCUCUUUCCUGUGUCUCCAGGGUAACAGAAGUACAAGGCUUCACUGACUCCCAGAAGGAGGAGUGCUUCAGGAGGAGAUUCAGUGAUGAAGAUCUGUCCAGUCGAAUCAUCUCCCACAUCAAGGCCUCCAAGAGUCUCUUCAUCAUGUGUGAAGUUCCAAUCUUCUGCUGGAUCACUGCUGUGGUUCUAGAGCACAUGUUGACCCCAGAACAGAAAGGAGGGCUUCCCACCACCAUGACUGACAUGUACUCCCACUUCCUGAUGGUCCAGACAAAGAGGAAGAAGAACAAAUACCAGCAGGAACAUGAGGAGAAUCCACAGGAGCUGACAGAGGCUGACAUGGAAGUUCUUCUGAAGCUGGGGAGGCUGGCAUUUGAACAUCUGGAGAAAGGAAACAUCAUGUUCUACCAAGAAGACCUGGAGCAGUGUGGUCUGGAUGUCACAGAGGCUUCUUUGUACUCAGGAGUUUGUACUGAGAUCUUCAGAAGAGAGUGUCAGAUCUUCCAGAAACCAGUCUACAGCUUUGUUCAUCUGAGUGUUCAGGAGUUUCUGGCUGCUGUUUACAUGAUCCACCGUUUCACCAACAAGAAGACCGAAGUAAUAAAGAAUCUUCUGAAGAUUCAAACAAACAUCUCUACUCUAGACGAGUUUCUUAGCAGGAUCAUGAAGAAAUCCCUGCAGAGUCAAACUGGUCACCUGGAUCUGUUUGUUCGUUUUCUUCAUGGUCUCUCAGUGGAGUCCAACCAGAGACUCUUGGGAAGUCUGCUGGGUCAGACAGAGAACAGUCCAGAAAUUAUCCAGAGAAUCAUCAACAACCUGAAGGAAAUGAAGACCAAUGACAUGUCUCCUGACAGAAGCAUCAACAUCUUCCACUGUCUGAUGGAGAUGAAGGACCUCUCAGUUCAUCAGGAGAUCCAAGAGUUCCUGAAGUCUGAGAACCGAUCAGAGAAGGAACUUUCAGAGAUCCAUUGCUCAGCAUUGGCCUACAUGCUGCAGAUGUCAGAGGAGGUUCUGGAUGAGUUGUACCUGGAUCAAUACAAAACAUCCAGAGAAGGUCGAUGGAGACUGAUCCCAGCUGUGAGGAACUGCAAGAAGUUCAGGAUGGGGUUUGUGUCAAAACCUACUGGAGACGAGUCAAAUCACGAGUCCAGUUGCUAUGAACUCUCAGAGACUGAUUGUCAAGCCGUGGCCUUUGCCUUGAAAUCAAACCCGUCCCAUCUGACAGAACUGGACCUGAGUGGAACCGUCUUGCAGGAUUCAGCAGUGAAGACUCUCUGUGCUGGUCUGAAGAAUCAGAACUGUAAACUGGAGACUCUGAAGUUGAGGAGCUGCUGUUUGUCAGACAUCAGCUGUGAGGUUCUGGUCUCAGCUCUCAAGUCCAACCGGUCUCAUCUGACAGAACUGGUCCUGGAUGGAAACAACCUGCAGGAUUCAGGAGUUAUUCAUCUGUGUGGUUUUCUGGAGAGUCCAGACUGCAGACUGAAGACUCUGAGGUUGAGGUACUGCGGUAUGACAGAUGUCAGUUGUGGCCGCAUUGGCUCAGUGUUUGAGUCCAACCCGUCCAAUCUGACAGAACUGGACCUCAGCAGGAACAACUUACAGGAUUCAGGAGUGAAGAAGCUGUUUGGCUUUCUAAGGAGUCCAGACGGCAAAUUAAGGACUCUGAGGUUGAGGAACUGCAGUUUGUCAGAGAUCAGCUGCGAGAUUCUGGUCUCCGCUCUAAAGUCCAACCCGUCCCGCCUGACAGAACUGGACCUAAGUGAAAACUAUCUGAAGGAUUUAGGAGGGAAGCAUCUGUGUGGUUUUCUGGAGAGUCUUCACUGCAGACUGAAGACUCUGAGGCUGAAGAAAUGCAGUUUGACAAAGGUCAUCUGUCUUAAUCUGAUCUCGGCCCUGAAGUCGAAUCCGUCUCAUCUGGAAGAACUGGACCUGAGUGGAAAUGACCUGCAUGAUUCAGAUGUUCAGAAGCUCUUUGAUCUGAUGGACAGUCCAGACUACAAACUAAAAACUGUGAGGUGGAAUCCAGAGUCUUGAAUCAGAACAGCACCUGUCAAAGUCUGGAAUAUUCCACAGGGAGAAGAAGAUAAAGAAUGAUGAAGGAAUCAGAGGAUCUGAUCAGCUGUUUGUCAGCUUCAACCUCAUGUUUUACAUUAAUUCAUUUACUCAAACAGAAAAAAUGCAGUUUAAGUUACUUUUUUGUUUUUUUGAUCUUUUUCUACUUGAUUCUUCGUGUUGUACAGUUUUUUUCUCGGCAUUAUGAGGUCUUGCUGUUGUUCUAUCAUUGGCCUGAAAUUCAUUUAAAGCCUUUAAUACCAGAGAUGCUGCUGGUGACCGCAAAUAACACACUCCUCAGAUCACCAUUACUCUUUAUUUACACAGUUAACAUCAUUUCUGUGGAUUCUGAUGCGUUAACUGUUGCACAUCAGCAUGCUGAACCUUUUCUCUGCUCCAGGAUACGUCGGAAUCACAUUAAUUCCAUAAAUGGUUGAAGAGUCACAGCACUUCAAAGCACAUCAAAACCAAAAGCUAAACUUCCUGUUUUAAUCUGAAGGGAUAAACACCAAUUUGAAGCUUUAGACUCUCCACUGGGGGGCGCCACAUUCUUCCACCGUCAAACAGAUUCCCAGACGUCAGAUAUAUACUUUGGCUCUGAUACUUUGGUCCAGAGCUGGCAGAACUGUUCCUGUGACCCUCACAGGUUCUGAUGGUUCCUAAAAACCAGGUUUUAAGAUGAUGAGACUGUUCUGGUUGUAACUCUUAUUGUUUUUUGUUCAAUUUUCAUUUUGAGUUGUUUUUCAAUCAGUUUUACUGUACUAUAUCUAUAAGUGGUUUUGAAAAAAAAGUUGCAAAAAUAUUUAUUAAUUCUGCAUUUAGCAUUGUUAAAGUACUGUUUAAAGCUUUAUUUUGGUUAUUGUUCCCAUGUUUACCCCUUAUUGCACAGCUACAAACUACAAGCAGGAGUUUACUCUCCUCAUUAUUUAUCAUUUAUAUGUAAUUGUUAAUGUGUUUGCAGAUCCACAUUAGACUAAAGCUAUUAUACAGUUACUGGACAGAGAAUGUGUGUUUACGUUUGUGAGGUCUUUCGUUGGUCUUUAGCUUUAAAAAUGAAGCAAAUUUAAAAACAAUGAUUUUUAAUCUAAAGCCUUCCUUCAGUUCUCAUUGCUUCACUCCAUGAUUGUUGUUUUGUGUUAAAACUUACAGCCAUUCUCUCUGUCACUCUUUUCUUGGUGAAGUCUAUUAUUAAUUAAAUAUUCAAACAGUUUACAGGUGAUAAAACUUUAAAAUAAAUCUGUGUGUAACUCUUCCACAGUUUCAUCAGUGUUUGAUCUUUUAAAAUGCAAUUAACAAUAACUAAAAUAAAAUGAAUCAAGU